CGGGACCUUUCCACACCGACCCCUGUCCUUCUUACUUCCGCUCGGUCGCGCAGCUUAUCCCGAUCAUCUGACACCAGGACAAAUGGCGGACCAGGAUGGCAGCGACACAUCUCCGACAGUACCACAAGUCUCUGACUCGCACCCAAACUUGACCCUCUCCAGUGGGCCUGACUCUUCAACGUCCGGCCAGGCCCUGUCCACCACCCCAACCCUCAGCCCAUCACUAUCACCUACACCUACUCACAGCAACAAUGCUGCUAACAAAGCAGAGCCGUUGGUCCUCAAGAUCAACGAGAGACAGAGACUGGCCCGGGAACGUCGAGAGGAAAGGGAGAAACAGAUCGCUGUCAGGGAGGCUGCGUGGCAGGAGAGGGAGGAGAGGGCCAGACACUACUAUGAGAAACACCUGGAGGAGAGGAGGAGGAAGGUGGAGGAACAGAGUAGGAAGGAGGACAGGAGACGAUCUGCUGUGGAGGAGAAGAGAAGACAGAACCUGGAGGAGGAGAAGGCCCGUCAUGAGGCAGUGAUGCAUCGGACAGUGGAAAGAAGUCAGAGAGCCAAACCCAACCACUGGACUUGGGGCGGGACCAUGACCACACCCACCACACCUGGGGGUUUUGUCGAGUCGUCGUUCCUCUAUCCCCUCGACGUAGCAGGGCUGGAGCACCAUCUCCAAGGUGCAUUCAGUGUCUACCGCAGAUACGGCCUGAGCCACCAAUAUGCUGACAGACGGUCUGUGUCGACCGUGAACCUUUCCAAACAUGCAGCUGAUCCAGUUAUAACCAAGAGACUGUCCUACUCCUCUGCCACACUCUUACACUCUCCAGACAGAGGCAUGCGUCAAAACACAGUGGUCAAGCGUGUUCUACAGCCCACACUCUCCUACUUGGCACGCAGCCGCAGCGCCAUGAGCUUGUCUGGAGACACUGGAGCCAUGCCUGCAUGUCCUCGCUCGGUGUCCUGCCACCCUAUGGGAUCUAUGUCCUUCAAGUCCAUCCAGUCCCAGCCUCUGACCGUCUGCCGCAGCCAAGAGCCACUCCUCCCCAGGGACAUGACCAACCGCCGGAGGACCACCGGAAAAGCACCGGAUAAAAAUAGGGACUCAGUCAGAAAGUCUUGGAGCAACCUCUCCAUGCCUCUGACCACGCCCCUCUGACCACACCCCCUCUGGCCACACCCCCUCUGACCACACCCACUGCCAACAUGUCCCGGUCGCCACAGAAAC